UCUGUGAUCCUACACCCCGCCUCCUGAGAAUGAUCGGCGGGAUGUUUGUCCCGCCUUCCAGAAAAACGAGCUGCUUCAUUGGGUGAUACAGCGAAGGAAACCGCCUUAGUUGCACACGAUUGGUUGUUCCGAGAGAAAAAUAUCUAUGGUAAAGUGUACGAAGUAAUCCUACUGGGUGGUUGUCACAAUACAGAGUGAAAAAAUGCUGAAAAACUACAAACCCCAGUUUAGGAAGACAUGUGUGUUCGAUAUGUAUCACAGACUAGCCCGGUAAUAGAAGGGUAGUGUUUCCUAUGUCUCCACAGCUCAGAGGUGUUUACCGGGCCAUGUAGAUAUGUAACUGCAACACGCAGUGUGUGAGGCGCCCAUGUUACAUUACCCAGCUAUUCUGCGCCUGCUCUGUAACGUAGCCGAAACAUAUAUAGGUAGCUCAUCAAAACCAGCUCGUGUUGGAAAGUGUCUGUGCAGUGCGCAGCAGUAACGGUAGUAGCUUAGCAUAGCAUGAGGUGAAUUAGCCAGAAGUACACCGAUCUAAAAUGCUAUGAAAGUACUGAUGUGACGGUCGUAUCGUGUGCCUUUCUCGACCGGCGGAGAAGUGGAACAUUUUAUUUAGAGAUAAAUGCUCAACGAAGGUAUACCGGCGCGUUUAUGUUAGCCCGCUAACGUUAGCUAACUAGCCGCUUGGCUAACCGGAAUACAAGACCGGCUAGUCCGCAGACUGACAGACGGAAGCCAAGUAUAGAUUUGUGUAGACUUGAAGUGAUGGAUGGUGAUAUGGAAGCCGCCUCUGACCGAAUCUUGCUAGAACCAUACAAGUAUUUGCUUCAACUUCCAGGAAAACAGGUGAGGACAAAACUUGCCCAGGCAUUUAACCACUGGCUCAAUGUCCCAGAUGACAAACUGCAGGUGAUCAUCGAGGUGACUGAGAUGCUGCAUAAUGCCAGCCUGCUCAUAGAUGACAUUGAGGACAGCUCCAAGCUGCGUCGAGGCUUCCCUGUGGCGCACAGCAUCUACGGCAUUCCCUCCGUCAUCAACUCAGCCAACUAUGUCUACUUUCUGGGGCUGGAGAAGGUGCUGAUCCUGGAGCACCCGGAGGCUGUACGAGUGUUUACCCGGCAGCUGCUGGAGCUGCACCGUGGUCAGGGCCUGGACAUCCACUGGAGAGACACCUACACCUGUCCCACUGAGCAAGAGUACCGCAACAUGGUGCUGCAGAAAACCGGAGGGCUCUUUGGCCUGGCUGUAGGCCUCAUGCAGCUCUUUUCUGACUGGAAACAGGACCUGAAACCCCUCCUCGACACUCUGGGCCUCUUUUUCCAGAUCCGCGAUGACUACGCCAACUUGAGCUCUCGUGAAUACAGCGAGAACAAGAGUUUCUGUGAAGACCUGACCGAGGGCAAGUUCUCUUUCCCCACCAUUCAUGCCAUUUGGUCACGACCAGAGAGUACCCAGGUGCAGAACAUCUUGAGGCAGCGAACGGAGAAUAUGGACAUCAAACGAUACUGUGUGGACUACCUGGAGAAGGUAGGCUCGUUUGCCUACACCCGUCACACCCUGCGAGAUUUGGAGGCAGAGGCCUACCGGCUCAUUAGGGAGCUCGGGGGGAACCCUCAGUUGGAAAGUCUGAUCAAACAGCUCAGCAAAAUGCAUCAUGAGGCUGAGGCCAAAGCAGAGACCAGUAGUGAGCCACACUCCAGCCAAAACCACUGACCUCUUCAACUUAGCACUCCUACAUGGCUUGCAUAUUAGCCCUGCACACAGAUGCUUUGCUAAUACAGUGAUGCAGACACACACACAUUCCUGAAAAGCUCUACACACACCUGUAUGUUACAUUCACAAACUAUGCUGAGUCACAAUCAAUCUCUGAACACCUAAAUUCUGGUAGACGGCCUCAACUGCAUUCAGAAGCUGUGAGGCGCCAGAGCAGCUCCAAAUGUUGCCUUUCUUUUUUGUGUGCUCGAUAGCAUCCUUCAAGUGUUGCUUAACUGUACACAUCACAAAUUUUUUGUAUCGAAGUGUAGCUGUGCAGUCAGUGGAAAUGAAAUAAAAUGGAAAACUUCUUAUGGUGUUAGCUUUGCUUUUCUGAAAAUGAAAAAUACCAAGACGGCUAAAAAGCUUGAAAGCCUUUCUUUUGAUCUGCACUACUGUGCAUAUAAAUGUUUUUUUUUUCUUGUUUUGCCACCAAAUGGAAAUUGUUUAUCUCGGGUUGGUUGAAUGCUGAAUGUGUUUCCUUAAGUCCCUGUUUAAAAAUAAGACGAGGAUGUCUCUAGAGUAUAAUGUGUGGUUUGGGGGAUCCUUAAUUAUUAAGCUGCCAGAGUACCAAUCCUAUAGAAAAGACCUCUGCAACUCAAUUGCCUCCUUGUUAUGUAACAUGCUGGCAUUGUAUGCUAAGUAGCGUUCACGCUGCUUAUGCUCACCUGUAUAGGAAUACUGUAUUGAUGCUCUGGGUUUUUUUAUUAUUGACUGUUUCCAUCUGGUUUGAAUUCACAAGUCGUCACAUUUCUGGUAUUUUAUUAGUGUGAUUGUGUUCUGUUUGUUAGGAGACACUGUGCUGCAGUUCAAGACUUGUUUGCAUUUCUUGAAUAAAAAGCCUUUAAAGAUAA